AUGAAUGUCGAUACCAUCUCCGACUUCCUUGCGGAGCAGCGAGAUGGAGCUCCCGACGAGCUUCAGCCCAUGAUCCUGCAGUUUGAGGACCUGUGGGAGCGCAAGCUGUGGCAUCAGCUCACCGACUCCCUCCUCGAGUUCUUCAACCACCCCGACAGCGCGAAGCUGCGGCUACAAUUCUUCAAGGUCUUCGUCACAAAGUUCGCUGAUAAGAUCAACCAACUUAAGCUCGUCAACCUUGCCCUCAAGGCAGCCGAGUCGUGCAAAGACCUCGACGAGCGCCUGAGCUUCCUCGAGACCGUCGCCAAGAAGGUCGACGGCGAGGACUCACAAGACGCCUUCGUCUACGCCACCAUCGCCGUCGCCCGCGUCAAGCUCGACCUCGAGGACUUUGACGGCGCCCGCAAGGACCUCGACAAGGCCGAGCGCAUCCUCGACUCGUUCGACUCGGUCGAGACCAUCGUCCACGCCGCCUUCUACGACACCAACGCCUCGUACUACAAGGCCAAGGCCGACUUUGCGCUCUACUACCGCAACGCCCUCCUCUACCUCGCCUGCAUCGACAUCAAGUCCCUCGGCGCCGGCGAGCGCCGCCAGCGCGCCCUCGACCUCUCCAUCGCCGCCCUCGUCUCGUCGAGCAUCUACAACUUCGGCGAGCUGCUGCUGCACCCCAUCCUCGACGCCCUCCGGGAGCGCAAGGAGGACGCCUGGCUGCGCGACCUGCUCUUCGCCUUCAACCGCGGCGACCUGGCCGCCUACGACGUCCUCUCGGGCCACGUCGCCUCCCACCCGCUGCUCAAGCAGCACUCGGCCCAGCUGCGACAGAAGAUCUACCUCGCCGCCCUGACCGAGGCCGUCUUCCGCCGGCCCCCGCACGACCGCGCCAUGACCUUCGCCACCAUCUCCCACGAGACCAAGGUCCGCCCCGACGAGAUCGAGCACCUCGUCAUGAAGGCCCUGAGCCUCGGCCUGCUGCGCGGCACGAUAGACCAGGUCGACGAGGUCGCGCACAUCAACUGGGUCCAGCCCAAGGUACUCGACAUGAAGCAGAUCGACAACAUGAGGCUGAGGUUGAAGGACUGGGACUCGAGCGUCAACCAGCUCGGCAACUGGAUCGAGGGGGUCGGCCAGGAUGUGUGGGCCGCAUAA